AGCCGCUAUUCCUGCAGGCAGUGAAGAUUCCCCGGUCCGGCAUCUGAUCACGGCAUCCCGAUCCCUCCAUCCGUCCGCGCGGCGCUGCACCUGCAAACAGCGCUGCCAUUUAAUACAAUGGAAAGACAAGGACGCAAAAGCAUCUAAACGGGCGCCUCUCCUCUAAAAGACAAGACGGGAGGCAGAAUGAGUGAAGAGUUGUCAGUCUCUCCCAGCUGGCUGGCUCAAGAACCCACGUGGGGCGGCAGCGGAGCGGGGAACUUCGAGAACGUCACCGUCGGAACGUACCCUCCCGCGGUCGUCCUGCCGGCGAGGCCGCCCGCCGAGCUGUUGGUAAACCCGUGGGACAUCGUGCUGUGUUCAUCCGGCACCCUCAUAGCCUGCGAGAACGCCCUGGUGGUUUUGGUCAUCUGGCAGAACCCGGCUCUACGCGCCCCCAUGUUUUUGCUGAUCGGCAGCCUAGCUCUUGCUGACCUGUUUGCCGGUUUGGGGUUAGUCCUGCACUUUACCUUCGCUUACCUGCUUCGCUCUGACUCGGCACAGCUUCUGACUGUGGGUUUGGUGGUGGCGUCGUUCUCCGCAUCGGUGUUCAGCCUGCUGGCUAUCACUAUUGACCGCUACCUGUCGUUGUACUACGCCCUCACCUAUAACUCUGAGCGGACGGCUGCCUUCACAUACACCAUGCUCGUGCUUCUAUGGGGAGUGUCGUUGUGUCUAGGUCUGCUGCCUGUUAUUGGUGUGAACUGCCUGGGCCAGGAGGCGAGCUGCAGCGUGGUGUGGCCCCUCACAAAAAACAACGUGGCGGUUCUAUCCGUGUCCUUCCUUCUGCUGUUCGGCCUCAUGCUACAGCUUUACAUGCAGAUCUGUAAAAUUGUCAUGCGACAUGCGCACCAAAUCUCCCUCCAGCACCACUUUUUAGCAGCGAGCCCUCACUAUGUCACGACGCGGAAAGGCGUGUCCACCUUGGCGAUCAUCCUGGGCACAUUCGCCACUUGUUGGAUGCCCUUUACCGUCUACUCGCUCAUAGCCGAUUACACGUACCCGCCACUCUACACGUACGCCACCCUGGUGCCCGCCACCUACAACUCGGUCAUCAACCCCGUCAUUUACGCCUUCCGAAAUCAAGAGAUCCAGAAAGCUCUAUGGCUGGUGUGUUGUGGAUGUAUCCCUGCCAGCGUGGCGCAAAGGGCACGGACUCCCAGCGACGUCUGAUGUGCCUACAGGGAACUGCACAGGUUUCCCGACAAGAAGGGGUGUGUGCCCGUCACCCGUUUAUGUCUUCCCCUAUUGUUAUUGUGACAACCACUGCCACACAAUCUUUGCCUGAUCCUGAUCCGACCAGCUGCCACACCCUGUCCAGGAAAAAAAGGGGUGGAAACGGAUGCUGUGUGGCAGGCAGAUGUAAAUAUCUUGUACAUAUAUGCCUUUGCAUUUGUUGUGCUUGUUUUGGCUUGGCCCCAGUGGCAGCCACCUGUUGCACGGGCUUUGAGGGAGGAGGAGGGCAGCGCAAGGCGGUCCUCUAGACUGGAUCCCAAAGCUCAUUCAUCUCUUGCUGCAUUCAAGAACGUGCGCUGAACGUUAAGUAACCGCGGUGUGCUAAAAAUAGACGAGGCGCUCGGUGAUCCGCGCCUUGCGUCCUCCAAAGAAACCAACCUAGAGAGAGAGAGAGAGAGAGAGAGAGAGGCAGAGAGGCGCGCUCUCUCCUCUGUUUGAUUUAAAUCUCGGCCGAAUGUAAAAUGUCCUCCAAAGCAGAAAACCAUGAAGAGCUAACUGCAUUCUCAGAAUGAGAACCACUCUAUAAAUAAACGUACCCGUCGAUGCCUUUAUUUUAGUUUUCAUAGGAAGUCGGACCUUCUCCGUAGGCUAUCCUCUUCCAUAAAUGCAGGAUGAAAGCGAGCGUGAGCUGGGAGAAAGUGUAUGUUUAUUCAUUGAAACAGCCCCCUGUGAAUAGAGGCUCAUCACUUCAAACAACUGUUGAUUACAAAGCGUGCAUUAAGUGUCUGUGACAAUAAGAGGUUUGUUUAUUUGGGCGACAUGAUGCGGAUUGAACCGAAUGUAUUUUCUAUUGAUUUGCUUUUCAUUUUAAACAGAGCACUGCUCCUUUUAACACGUUCAGCUGGUAAUUACUACUGGAUACGGGAGAGUUAUCACACAAUGGUUGCUCAUAGCAUUUUGCUUAAAAUUGGCAUGUAUUCUCGUAAAUGUAAGUACACAUUGAUGGCCUAAGACACGAAACGAGCAGUUUGUGUGAGAAAACGAACAGUAUUUACAGUAUAUCGUUUUUACCUCUUGUAAUGCACAGUCACGUCCAAGUACUCUAAAAAAAAUACGGCGAGGGCGCUUCUGUCUGCGCUCGUUGCAUUGAUACACAUUGAUAACUACUCGUUUCGUGUCUUAGGCCAUUAGUGUGUACUUACAUUUACGAGUCAUAAAAUCAUGUUUAGUUUGGACUUCUCUGUGCAUGCUCUUUGAGGUGGACCCCAUAUACCUCCAUUAUAUGACUGACAGACAAGAACGGUUUGACCUAAAAAUAUCGAAAUUGAAAAUACUGUGGAAAAAAGACACCUACAUCUUGGAUGCCCUUGAGGUAAGCUAAAACAUAUCAAAAAAUAUUUUAAAGUGAACUGUCCCUUUAAAUUAUAUGCCAGCCUUCAUACUCUUCCACUUUAAAAUGAGCCAUCAGCAGAUUUACAGUCAAUACGAUUUUCAGUAAACUGGUGAAUCUCCUCAACCAGUCCACAUGACAAGAUUAUGAUGAAGAGAACAGCUGGCCUCUCAGAGCUGGCAAAUGUCAGACGAGGGAGAAUAUUAUAAAAAUCUAUCGUACUUUCAUUACAACUGAGGCUGGAGUCAGGCUAUUAUGAGCUGAAGUUCACCCUUGUUUUUACCUUAUGCCCUCCAAAUGCCAACCAGCCACUAUCCAUUUCAGUGCAGUGGCAGAAUCCAUCAGCGAGCAAUAACUACGGACUGGGAGUUUCAUCAAAUUAUAGCAAUAUUCUGGCAGCAAUAACAGCCAUGUCGAAGCAAAACCAACACCUCAGCUAGCCGGAAAAAAACAUCCAUGAAUAACUCACCAUGAAAAUACAAGUGGAUUCUAAGAACAGCAACUGCACUUAUUUCAACGUGAGUAAAUUUGGGAUUAAAAAAAAAAAAAACAUGAGCUGGACAGAUGUCUCAAUCCCUGCAAACAUGUCCAUAAUCUGACUGCCUCGUGUUCUCUCCCCAGAAAGUGACUGCGCUCGAUAUCGCACGAUUACGAUAUCUAACUAUGAAAUCUCUGUGUACACCCAACGUGACCUACUCUGCCGUAUGCAUUUGCUUUUGCGAUGUUAUGUAUGAGGAAAGUGAAUGCGUGACUGUCGGUGCAUGGUGUGUGCGUGUACGUUUGAACGCAUGCAUAUUUGUCUCUCCAGGGACAAUGAUGGAGUUGGGGGUAAUAAUGUAUAAUCCCCAUAGACCUGCAUGCAUGGGCUAGAGUGGCUACCAGUCUUCCCAUCGUGCCAUCUUUACAUCGUGCCUGCGGGUCGGACACACCCUCGUGACCUUUUUUGCCUGAGUGACCUCUAUACGAUUCCAGUGAAACAGCACAUGAGCGGUAGCAAGCAGGUAUGCGAGUUUUAAUAGGGCUUAGCAUGGAGAUGAUGACCGGUCUGUUGCAGGUUAACCCUCCCCUCUUCCCAUUUUUUUGUAAUCUGGUGCGCUCUGAAUGUAUCGACAAAGACGUUCUUAUCAUUGCUAUGGCAUUCUACCGAUCGUUUUGAUCCUGCAAAGAAGGCAUGAUGGCAUUUCUCACCUGGUGUGAUGGGGCUGGAGUGAUGCGUAUUUGUAGGCCAGACCCGAGGUUAUCAUCAACUUGGUUUUCCUUGACAAAUAAACCUAAUAGGAUUUUUCCAUUGGCUUUUGGAUUAUUGCAGGAAAUGUUGCAAAAAAUCCAAUAAAGUUUUAUGAUUCAUACACACAAUGGGUCUCAUUCAUGAAACAUUCGUAAAUAUACGAGUAAAUAUGAGGGUGAUUUGCGCGUAAAGAGACCUUCCCGAAAACUCUUCUCCUGAUUCACAAAUACUUCGUAAACGUCAGAUGUGAUAGUGAAAUCAAUGUGUGUGUAUGUGUGUGUGUGUGUUAAUGAAUUUCAAUCAGUCGUAAAUUGGAUGCGCGUGCACGUUCAUUCUCAAUUACCAUAAAUCCCGCCCAUUAUAUAAGACUGACAUCUAUACGCAUAUAAUAACAUAAAUGCGAAUGAAAAAGAAAGAUUUCUCGGAUGCAGAAAUUGAAGUUUAAUUAUCAGAAGUUCAUUCAAAACGCCACAUUUUAUUUUCAAGCGUACAGUCCAAAAAAAGGAAGCUUGGCAACAUAUUACAGAUGCAGUUAAUGGAGUUUCAUCUGUUAAUCGAACAGUCCCAGAAGUGAAAAGAAAAUGGUACGACAUAAAGCUUGACAGCAAAACGAAUUAGUUCACUUCGGAAAAAUCGUAUUCAAACUGGAGAAGGACCGCCAUCGAUCACCAGAUCUGCUAUUACUGGCUCUCAUAAUAAAAAAG